AUGAGCUCGAUUCCAUUUGGACAUCAGUUCAAAGAUAAGUACUUUGGAUACUUGGAUCCCGAAGUGACGCUGACGAACCAUGGAUCGUUCGGAACAACACCCGGCAUUGUUGUUGAUGCUGCCAAGAGAGCUCUCGAAAGACAUGAGAAGUACCCUUGUCGAGAUGCGUUGUAUACUGUUACAGAUGAGUACAAGAGACAAUUGAAGCUGGUUGCAGGGUACUUGGGGUUGGAAUACCUCAAUUGUGCGUUUGUGACCAAUGCUACCACUGGUGUGAACACGGUUUUGAGAUCGAUACCGUUUGAUUUCCAAAAAGAUAAGGUGUUGUUCCACUCGACCACGUAUGGGGCUUGUGCUAACACGGUGAAGUUUUUGCACGACUACUUCGGGUUGCAAUACGAUGUGGUUGAGAUCAAUUAUCCAUGCGAAGACGAUAGUAUUUUGGAGGCGUUUGAGGCGAAGCUCAAGACGAAAGAGUAUAAGCUUUGUCUUUUCGAUUUGAUCACAUCUCAUCCCGGUGUCACUAUUCCUUACAAAGGCAUCAUUGAGCUGUGCCAUAAGUACGAUACCUGGUCGUUAAUUGAUGGAGCACAUUCAGCUGGACAGGUAGAUUUGAAGUUCAUCAACGAGUUGAAGCCCGAUUUCUUCACCACUAACCUCCACAAGUGGUUGUACUGUCCUAAAUCGGUAGCACUGUUAUACGUGGAUCCAAAACAUCAUGCUAUGAUUCAGACCAUGCCCAUCUCCCACAACUACUCCAGUCCAGACUGCCAGUACAUCGAGGGAGACGACGAGCACAACGCAAACCUCCUAAUUAACAAGUUCGCAUUCGUAGGCACUGCUUCGUAUGCGUCUUACAUGGCUUGCGAAGUCGCGUUGACGUUCCGUAAGGAAAUUUGCGGUGGUGAGGACAAGAUCCGCCAAUACCAGUUUCAAUUGCAGGAAAAGGCAAUUCCCAAAGUUCUCGAAGUGUUUGGAGACGGUAGCAAGUUGCUUGAAAACUCUACAAAUACAUUGCGUCCUCCAGGGUUGUUCUGCGUUGAGCUUCCAAUUCCAGAGGAUCUUAAGUUCUUGGUUACCAAAAUGACUGCAGACCCAGUCUUCUUCGCAAAGUUCAAAGCCACUUGUGAGAAAACAGCAGUGUUUGACCACAAGUGUCAUGCUCCAUUCACCUUGAAUAACAACCACAUCUUCGUUAGAUUCUCAGUGCAAGUAUUUAACGAGGUUCAAGACUACGAGAAGGCAGCAGCUGUAGUGAAAGGGAUUAUUUAUGAGAAUUUGAGGAAAGAAGCUUCAAGCUCAUGA